CUCUAAGACAGGGAGCCUGCGAGCAACAAACUUCUCAGAUUGACACAGAAUGGAGAGAAGCUGACGCACCGUUAUUUACCGGACCGUUAACUUUCCUCCUCAAGCUUUUCCUCAUGCCAUUACAGCCUACCUGCUGUGCUAGACCAGGAAUAUUUACUGAAUUAUAGUUUUGUAACUGUUUGACCACUGAAGAUCUGACAAAUCCUGCUUAUUGUUUUUUUUUCUUCAUUUUGGACACUUUAACCGCGUAAUUACGCAUGAUGCGCAAAGGGAUGGCUCCUCUCCGUAGACCAAAAACGGGAGUACAAAAUGUUUUUUAUGUCUAUCUCUCCAUCUCAGUUGCUUAUUCUUACAAUAUAGACUUAGAACAUCCUUUGGUGUUCCGCGGACCAAAUUCUAGUUUUUUUGGCUAUUCUGUGCUGGAGCAUUAUCAUGACAACACACGCUGGGUAAUAGUAGGGGCUCCCAAGGCAAACUCUACCUACAGUAGCUCAGUGCACUCUCCUGGAGCUGUGUAUAAGUGUCGAGUUCACAGCAACCCAGAGCGCCGCUGCACAGAGAUGGACCUGGGAAGAGGAAACAAGCAGAGAGAGUCGUGUGGGAAGACAUGCCAAGGUGACAGAGAUGAUGAGUGGAUGGGGGUCAGCCUGGCUCGCCAGGACCGAGCCAACGGCAAAAUAUUGGCCUGUGCUCACCGCUGGAAAAACGUCUACUACAACUCAGAGCAUAUCCUUCCACACGGAUACUGCUCCAUCAUCUCUCCAACUCUGCAGGGCCAGACGAAGCCGCUCAUCCCUUGUUAUGAAGACUAUAAGCAGAAGUAUGGGGAAGAGCAUGGCUCGUGCCAAGCCGGGAUUGCGGGAGUUUUUACGGAGGAGCUGGUGGUGAUGGGGGCACCUGGGUCAUAUUACUGGACUGGGACAAUCAAGGUGUACAACUUGACUUCUGACACCUUCUACAGCCCAAACAAAGAAGACGUUGACUCCCACAGAUACAGCUACCUUGGCUAUGCUGUGACUGCUGGACACUUCUCUGCUCCUAAUGUGAUAGACAUAGCUGCAGGGGCGCCUCAGCACAGCGGCAGUGGAAAAGUUUACAUUUUCAAAAUUGAUGGUGCAUCUUUGGUGAAGAGUUUUCAAGCCUCAGGGAAAAUGAUGGGCUCUUACUUUGGCUCCUCAUUGUGUGCAGUUGAUCUGAACCAGGACGGCCUGUCGGACCUGCUGGUGGGGGCACCCAUGCACAGCCAGCUCCGGGAUGAGGGCCAGGUGACUGUGUACCUCAGCAAAGGCAAUGGUGUGAUGGAGGAGGUUGCUGUUCUGACCGGCGACAAUGCUUACAAUGCACACUUCGGAGAGAGCAUUGCCUCAAUUGGAGACAUAGAUGACGACGGUUAUCAAGAUGUAGCCAUAGGGGCAUCUAAAGAGGAUGAAUAUGGAGGUGCUGUUUAUAUCUACCAUGGGGAUGCCACAGGAAUCAUCAAAAAAUACUCCAUGAAACUAUCUGGGCGUAGCAUACACCCUGGUCUACAGAUGUUUGGCCAGUCCAUCUCUGGCAAUGUGGACAUGGAUGGCAAUGGAUAUACAGAUAUCACUAUUGGAGCUUUCAUGUCAGAUAGUGUGGUGCUGCUGAGAUCCCGACCUGUCAUUACCGUGGAUGUCUCUAUCUUCCUGCCUGUCUCCAUCAACAUAUCUGUGCCUCAGUGCCACGAGGGCCACCAGAACCUAAACUGCUUCAACGUCACUGUCUGCAUGCGCUUCCGUGGAAGACAGUUGCCUGGACAAAUAGAGCUGCUGUAUAACCUGACGGCUGAUGUGGAUAAGAGACAAAAGAGCCAGCCUUCCCGGGUUUACUUCACUCAGAGCGGAUCUCAGAUCAGCCAGAUGAGCCAGCAGGUCAGCUUGGACAUCAACAGGGAAGAGUGCCAGCGCUACACUGCCUACGUUAAGAAGGACGUGAAAGACGUGUUCACAGCCAUCACAUUCGAGGUGGCUUACAGCCUGGGGAAGCAUGUCGUGUCAGGACACCAAGAGCGAGAUCUGCCCGCUCUCACUCCAGUGCUACGAUGGAGGAAAGGAAACAAGAUCGCAGCUAGGAAUGAGACUUGGUUUGAGAAGAACUGCCUGUCAGAUGACUGUGCUGCAGACCUGAAGCUUCAUGGGAAACUGUUGCUUUCUGGGUUGCACAGCAAGCCUCAUUUGGCCCUCGGAGGGGUGAAGAACGUCUCUUUGAACCUGACCAUCUCUAAUACUGGAGAUGAUGCCUACGACACCAACAUCUACUUCAACUUCUCCAGAGAGGUUUUCUACAUCAACUUCUGGCAGAAGGAAGAGAAGGGUAUUUCCUGUGGAUUCGUUGAUUUGGACUUCCUCAAAUGCAGCGUGGGAUUUCCCUUCAUGAGAGCACAAACUAAGUAUCAUUUUGCAGUGAUUUUUGACACCAGUCAGGUCUCUGGGGAAAAUGACACAUUACAGUUUUUGGUGAAAGCAAAAAGUGCCAAUCCUGAGCACAAACUCUCUGACAACUAUGUGGAUCUGUCCAUCCCGCUUGUUCAUGAGACAGACACAACUAUUACUGGUGUGGUGCAACCCAGCUCCUUUGUGUACGGAAACACCAUUGAUGCUUCACGCUUCGUCCUGUUGGAAGACAUGGAGUGCCACUUUCAGCCUCUCAAUCUCACUUUCCAGGCAAUAAACAACGGACCCAGCAGGCUGCCUGGCUCCACUGUGGACAUCAGGAUACCCAACCGGCUGGCUGGCAGCGGAGCUGACAUGUUCCACAUCAUUGAAACACAGGUGGCCGACGGCAGAGGGAACUGCACCCCUCACAGGAACCCGACACCGUGCACCAUCCCCCAGGACAGAGAGAGCAUCUUCCACUCCAUAUUUGCCUUCUUCACCAAAUCAGGACGCAAAGUCUUGGACUGUGACCGGCCAGGAAGAGCAUGUAUGACGAUCUCCUGCAGGCUGGGUCCGCAGUUGAAAGAGGAAGCUUUGAGCAUAGAUAUAAAACUUCUACUCAACACUGAAAUUCUGAAGAGGGAUAGUUCCUCUGUGAUCCAGUUUGUGACAAGAGGCAAUGUGCAAGUAAAUGACAGAGCUGUGGAGGUGCCAAACGGCCUGUCAGAAGAUAUUUCUCUGUUCUUCGAGGCUCUGCACAGUCAGGAGCCGAGGGGUUACGUAGUGGGCUGGAUCAUCGCCAUCAGUCUGCUGGUGGGAAUCCUCAUCUUUUUGCUGUUAGCUGUGCUACUCUGGAAGAUGGGUUUCUUCCGUCGGCGCUACAGAGAGAUCAUCGAGGCUGAAAAGAACAGGAAGGACAGUGAUGAAAGCUGGGACUGGAUGGAAAAGAACCACUGAGACUGGCAGUAGGGGUCCCAGAGGAGCCAAUGAGAUUAGGGAUUGGGUCAAGAAGGAUCCAAUAGCAAGGGGGUCUCACAGCCCAGCCGCCCCAGUGGCACCAGACCCUUCAGUCUUCCAUAUGUGGAAGAGAAGAAUAUUCUCCAUAUUUUUUGGAGACUUGAUAUUUUUUGUGGGUGGGGGUCCAGGAAACAGGUUUCUGAGGUGACAGUGUGGCUUGCCAGAGGACACUUGCUGUGGAAUUCAGCUAAUCUCAAAGGAGGUAUCUCCCAGCCAGUGGAGCGGAGCUGUUGAUGGAGACUCACAUCCGUACGGGGAUGUGGAGACGGCAUGAAUACUGGUGGACAACAAAACCCUCAGGGCUGUGUUACAUAGCAAAUUUAUUUUUAUACAUACAAUUUAAGCCAUAUUGUAUAAAACUGGGCUUCGAGAAGAGUUGGGGUUUUGAAGGCCAUUAUAAACAUACUGUAUCUGCAGUAUGUUUUCCUAAAAGCACUGAUGUUUGAUAAGAAUGAAUGCCUUGGCUCCAUAGAUUAACUCUUAUGCCAAAGAUAUGUCCUGUAUAGUAUAUGAUUGGAGUUGUUUGUAUAUUCAGUUCUUCCUGGGAGUGAAAGAUUGUAUCUUUUCUGGUCUAUUUCCGGCUUACGAAUAUCUGUAUGACACAUCUGACUGUCCCUCCCUGUCAUAGAUAAUCAUCCAGAGUUAAUACUGCAUUUAACACCCACACACACAAUGAUGAAACGCUGUGUCCUCAUGUCAUCCGUUAUAAUUGUCCCAGAGGUGCAGAAGGCAGAGCACAAGCGCUCUCUGAGGUCAUUAAGACCUACUUCAGGAUGUGGUCAUCUACAGCACUGUAGAGUUCUCUAUUAACACUUUAUUUACCAUGAUUCCUUUAUUAUCCACGCCUGAAAUGCAGACGAUGGGUCGUAAAGCAUACUGUAGAAUAAAAGCCAUCAUUCACAUUUCAAACUUUGUCACUUUCCAUAAGCAUUCCAUUUUUUAUGGUCUGGCUUUUAACCAAGUUGUUUAUAGGGGAUUAAAGUGGAUGUAAUUUGACAGAUUCAAAUGUUAAUCUUUAACUCUCUGUAAUGCUUUGAAAGUGAAAUGUGCAGUAGAGCAAAUUAUUUGAAGCUGCUUUUGUAAAGAAAUAUUGAUCAGGUAACUAUAGAUGGAUUCCAGAAGUCUUCCAAGUUCAACUAAAGAUAUUAAAGCAUAAAUUCUCAAUGAAAUACAGUAGGAAAUGAUUUACUCCAUGUCAUGACACUAGAUCAGAUUAUGAUUUAUGUGCAAACGGAUCCAGACUCCAUUUAAGCAGACCAUAUUUAAUUUUACUAUUCUGUUAUUAGGCAUUGGGUUUUCGUAUGAAAUAUGAGAAGCAUUACUCUCCACGGCCAGAUGAAAGUCUGUGAUGGGAGUCCACCUACAGUCAUUUACAGGGGCCCAUGGCAUGAGUAAUGCCCUAAAAAUAGGUGGGAACGUGCUGCACUCUAUCACCACGCAUAAACGAGCUCUUUUGGGCUCAUGGGAAAAGCUCAUUUUAAGUCAACAUGUAGGAAUGUUAGUGCCCUCAAAAAUCUGCCACCAAUAAAGUAGCUCAGCUCUCAGUGCUAAUGAUUUUACCCCACAUGACUCUUUUAAAUGCUGGGCUUGAUUGUGAAUGAUAUUUUGCAGGAUACAGAAUGAAAAUGU